AUGGCCGACGCCGCCGCAAAGCCUCAGAGCCAGGCUGAGUUCAUCCUCUACACGACCCUCAGGAUCAUCGGCGUCCUCGUCUCAAUCUAUAUGUUCCUGAUGGGACUGGACAUGAUGGGCAGCUCUUUCCUUGUGCUCGGAGGCAAAGGUGCAGGAGACCUCUUCACGAUUGUGGACAACCCUGUGACAGGUUUAAUGGUGGGCAUUCUGGCGACCGUCCUGGUUCAGUCCUCCUCCACGAGCACCUCGAUCGUGGUUGGCCUGGUCGGAGCCGGGCAGGUGUCCGUGAAAUAUGCGAUUCCCAUUAUCAUGGGCGCAAACAUCGGCACGAGCGUCACCAACACCAUUGUGUCCAUGGCACAUGCUGGCGAGCGUCUGGAGCUCGAGCGUGCUUUCUCUGGCGCGACAGUACAUGACAUGUUCAACAUGCUGAGCGUGGCUGUGAUGCUCCCAGAGGAGGUCAUCCUUGGGGCCAUCACAGGGGAGGGUGGCAUCUUGUUCUACAUCUCGAAAGGCAUCACGGAGGGCGUUUUGGGAGAUGUCACAGACGUGACGUUCACAUCUCCAACCAAGUUCAUCGUGUCCCCUCUCACCGACGUCUUCGUUGACCCGAACAAGGAUGUGACAAAGGCUCUCUCUUUGGGCGCACCAGCGGCCCAAGCGAUGCCCACGGGCCUGACGGGCAGCUGCCCAAGCACCAUGGAUUGCAGCAACUACUUCUGUGUGUCGUCGGCCAUGACCAAGAACUGGAAGAAGGUGAACAAGGAGGCCUACGAGGCAUUGUCAGAGUGCAGCACCUACUUCCCGCUCUUGAAUCACGGCUGUGGCUCGGACACCUGCUACUUGGAGGCUGACAAAUUCUACACAGAGUCCAUCGAAGGCGGCACUGUCCUUGACGAGGGUGCCUUCUCCGGAAUGGGGGACGUUGCUGGUGGAAUCGUUGGCCUGAUCUUCUCCCUGAUCAUCAUCACUUUCUUCUUGUUCUGCCUUGUCAAGCUCCUGCAGACCCUGAUCAUGGGCACCGCUAAGAAGGUGAUCAUGCGCGCCACGAACAUGAACGACUACGUCGCCAUUCUUGUUGGCCUUGGCAUCACCUUUAUCGUCCAGUCCAGCUCGGUGACCACCUCCACACUGACGCCACUCUGCGGUGUCGGCGUGCUCCCGGUGCACAAGAUGCUUCCCAUGACUCUCGGGGCAAACAUCGGCACCACGUUCACAUCUAUGUUGGCAGCCCUCGCAGUGAUGAAGCCUGACAGCCUGCAGAUCGCCUUCGUGCAUUUGUUCUUCAACAUCAUCGGCAUCUUGAUCUGGUUUCCGGUGCCUUUCAUGCGACGAAUUCCCAUCAAGGCUGCCUGCUUGCUGGGAUUCUAUGCCUCCUACUGGCGAAUGGUGCCGCUCAUUUACAUCUUGGUAAUGUUCGUCGCCGUGCCAGGUGUCGUUCUGGCCAUCUCGCUGCUCUACGGAGCCAGCAUUGCCGGGGGCAUCGUCGUCACGUUGCUGGCCAUCGGCGUCGUCGCCGGCUUCAUUGCUUGGUGGUGGAUGGGCGGUUGCUAUAAGGUCGUCUCCAAGGAGCAGCGCGAGGAGCGUGCCGCCGAGAUGGCCGCAGAGAUGGGCGAGAAGCCUGCUGAGGCGGCCGCCGACGUUGCCGUGUAG